UGCUUUAUCGUCCUACGAAAACAAAAUGUAACGCAGUACGCGGCGGGUGAGGAGGAAUGCUGGUGAGGGCAGCAAACAACAACUUUGGUACUGUUUUGUCUAUGAAACUACAGUUCUUUAGGCAAUGAUUGUCACUGAAAUUUUUCAGAGCAGCUAAACGAUGAGUGAAAUAAGACCAAAUUUGUUCUUGGGAGCUCGUUCAGAUGCCAGGGAACACAAACUACGGGAAAAUGGAAUUAAAAAUGUACUGUCAAUCGAAUGGGCAAAACCACCUCUACCAAACAAUAUUUGCAAUAAAUUUGUGUAUGUGAAUGAUGAUCCAGAUGCUGAUUUGUUAAGUCUGAUGCCAGAAUGUGUCAAAUUCAUUGAGAAUUCUAUUGAAAGUGGUGGUGUUCUAGUUCAUUGUUUCAUGGGUAUAUCUCGAAGUUCUACUAUAGUUGCUGCAUAUCUAAUGAAGAAUGAGAAGAUCUCCUUUGAUGAUGCGCUAACUUCUAUACGCAAAGCUCGCCCUCAAGCCAGACCAAAUUUUGGAUUUCGUCAGCAGUUGGACUUAUUUCAGAAAAUGUGUUUUAAAGUGGAUAAAGAGAAUACGCAAUACAAAAGUCAUUUAUUACGGGAACUUGGAGUUGCUUUUAAAGGUUUUAUUGAUGCAAUCUGUUGGAAGAAGCACAUUGGAGAGAUCUAGUUUGGUAACAAUUCUUUUAAGUUGCUGUGCAUGGUGAAAUCCAUGACCAGCUGGCUUUCAGGAGGCAAUAUAAUAAUGCAGUUAGCAAAGUUUGUAGGAGGAGAUGAGUUACUUUCUGAGAAACUUUUGUUUGAUUGCUGGACUACGGUAUAGGAGAUGGUGCCGAAUUCCAUGGAGGUAUCCCCGUGACAAGAGAUUUGGGGACCCUGCUCAGUGUGUGGCAUAAUAAUAAUAAUAAUAAUAAUAAUAAUAAUAAUAAUAAUAAUAUAUUAAUAAUAAUAAUAAUAAUAAUAAGCUUUAUUUAAAAACACGGAAACUUUUCUCAACUAACAGUUGUUCUUCUGCAAGGCUGUGUAUACACAAAUUUACAAUAACUAGAAAAUCAAAAGAAACUUUAAAGAAAUGAAUGACUUAAAAUUAACUAAUCAAACAAUUGUUUAGAUUACCAAAUAUCUUAACAAGACUUACAUCUGAAACUAACUUAAUUAUACUUUUACACAAAUUAACUGGAAAACAAAACAAGAAUGCAGUAGUUUAUGUUACAAACUAUCGCAGUGGUGCUAUUAGAAAAAAUUCUGUUAAGUGUAUUAACAAUGUCGCAAGGAUAUGCUUUUUAAAUAAAAAGACAAUUUCUUAACAGUUUUUACAUCAUUGUUAAUUUCAUUCCAAAGUUUUGCACCUCUGUAUGACAAACUUCUCUUUUUGUAUUCAGUUUUUGGUUUUGGCAGUAUUAAUUCUGGUUUAGUUCUUAUAUCAUAGUAAUUAUUUUUAAAGACACCUGUUAGAUAAAUAAAAGAUGCAAGGUUAUCCAUUGUCUUAAACAUAGUCAUGGCUUCAUUUAUAUAACCUUUGGUCUAAAAUCAUCAAAUUUAAGGCUUUGCAGAGCUUGAUUGCUAGAACACUUUUUGAUUGUUUAAAAUUAUUUUAGCUGCAUGGUUUUGAAGGAUUUGGAGUGUUUUACUUUGUGUUUGAUUUGUACAGUACAUCCCUAUACAACAUGGCAAUAUUCAAGGUGUGGUGCCAUGAGUGAUUUGUAUAGUUUGCAAUCGACAUUGGGAAGAAUUUGACUUGGUUUUUUUUUUUAGAUAGUAUAAGCUCUGCAAAGCCUUUGAUUUUACGUGCUCUAUUUGUGGACACAAAGAAAGGUUCUUAUCUAGUACACCAAAGUUUUUACAUUGACUGAAAAGUAUAAUAGGCUCUCCACUGAUGUUAAUAUUUAUCUGAACAUUUGAUAAUUUAGCUAAUUUUUACCUUGUGCCUAUUAUAUGCUCUAUGUUUUUUUUAAUAUUUAAAAUUAGUUUAUUUGCUAUGAGCCAUCGCUUGAGUUACCAAAUCAUUAUUAAUUGUAUAAGUAAGGUUGUCAAUAUUUUUAUCUGUAUAAUAUAUUGCAGUAUCAUCAGCAUACAUAGAAGUAGUGUAUUUAUGGACAGCUGUAGGCAGAUCAUUACACAGAGAAGGAAAAGCAGGAGUUUCUAGUAUAGACCCCUGUGGGAUCCUAAAUGAUCUAUGACAUUCAUCAGAAUUUUCUCCAUUUACUUUAGUUAUAUGAACACGGUUUUGAAGGUAGUUAUAAAACCACUUUUUUGAAAAUUGAAAUAUUUUAAAGUGUAUUGAUUAGUUUAUGGGUUACAGUAUCAAAUGCCUUUUUCAAGCCAAUCAAUACUUUCUUUUUUUCUUUAUUAAUUUAAAAAGGGAGUCCCACUCAGCAUGGCAGAUUUUCAGGGGAGUCCUAUAUAGUAACCUAGUUGCAUCUCCAGUUUUUUGUGAUGAUCAAAAAUGCAGUGGAUGUUGAGUAUCAUAAAGCCAGAUUGAUUUUCAUAUAGCAUACGUUUUUGGUCCAAAAAAUUACAAAUUUUAUUAUUGAUAUUAUAUCAAUGACAAUUUUAAUAUAAAGUCUAGCUGGUAUUUCAUCAGUUCCAGUGACCUUUACUUGAUGAAAGCGAGUUUAAUAGUGUAUGUACAUAACCUACAUGUCAACAUUGUCAAAUAUAAUUUUGUCAUCAUUAUCAUUAGUCAUAUUAUUAGUAGCGUUAGUAUAAUUAAGAAUAAAAUGUUUUGGAUUUGUUUUGUCAGUGUUAGUAGUUUUAAUACUAUUUAUAUUUACAUUUUUAUUUUUACCUGGUAAAUCCAAAAUCUUUUUUGGGUCUUUUGUAUUUGGCAAUUUUCAAAGUUUAGACUUAACUUUGUUUUUUAAUUUUCUAUAUUCCGUCCACAUAUGGGGCUCAUUUCUCUUACUGGCUUUUCGUUUUGAAGCAUCUCUUUCUCUCAUAAUCUGUAAAAGGUCUGAGUUAGCCAUGAACUAGAUUUGUUUCUCAUUCUUUUACAUAAUAUAGGUACGUUCAAUAUUAGCAAUAUUAAAAAACUUUUCUUCAAAAUACGAACGGCGUCAUUGACAUUUGUGUACUUUGUAAUUUCAGUCCAAUUUGCAUUUAGUAUAUCAAUUCUAAAUUUAGUUUCAUUAAAGUUUUUAUAGUUUCUACAUGUGUACUACAAAGUAGUCUUUGAGACUAUUCAGAAAAUAUAUUGCAAAGACAUAAAAUAAAUAGUCUGUAGCAAGCAGAACCACUGAACUAUGGUUGUAAACACAUCACCUGAAAAUAUAUGGUUGGUAUUUACUGUACCACCCAAAAUAUAAUUUAUUUCCAUUAAAAUUGAUUUCUUCAACAUUU